CCGGUGCGGGGAGGAGUCUGCUAACAGGCUUCUGCUAUAAAAGUUCAUCAGCGGAUUAUCUGACCGCAACUUUCAAUCGGAAAGCCGCCAGGUCGAGUCUUCCUCGUCAGCGGACCCUCCUCCUCUGCCUGCCCGCCGCAGAAGCACCGACACCCGGCCGAACACCAGGAAGUCUCCCCGGAGCCGCUUCAUCCUCCGAGAAUAACACACACACACACACACACGCGCGCGCUGAACGAUGGCUGAUGGAAAGAGCAGCUGUGCCAAAGGCUUCUGCGAUAGCAGCACUCACGUGGAUGUGAAGGAUUAUUACAGCAAGGUGCUGAAGAGCACCUCGGACCUGAAGAGCAACGUGUGCAUGACCCCAACCCAGCCCAUCCCCGCCUUCAUCCGCGACGCUCUGAAGAAGGUCCACCCUGAAGUCACUGCCAAGUACUACGGCUGUGGUCUGGUGGUGCCGGAAUGCCUGGAGGGCUGCAGGAUCCUGGACCUGGGCAGCGGCAGUGGGAGGGACUGCUACAUGCUGAGUCAGCUGGUGGGGGAGAAAGGUCAUGUGACCGGGAUCGACAUGACGGAGGACCAGCUGAAAGUGGCCCAGACCUAUGUGGACUAUCACAUGAAGGAGUUCGGCUUCAAGAAGCCCAACGUGGAUUUCGUCCAAGGCUACAUCGAAAGCCUGACUGACGCGGGGCUGGAGAAGAACUCCUACGAUAUCAUCAUCUCCAACUGUGUGGUGAAUCUGUCCCCGGACAAGAAGCGGGUGUUGAGCGAAGCCUACAGCGUCCUGAAGGAUGGUGGGGAGCUGUAUUUCAGUGACGUCUACAGCAGCGCGAGGCUCACCGAGGAGAUCAAAAACCACAAAGUGCUGUGGGGCGAGUGUAUCGGUGGAGCGCUCUGGUGGAAGGACCUGCUGCAGCUGGCUGAGGAGGUGGGCUUCAGCCCCCCAAGGCUGGUCACCGCUAAAAUCAUCACCAUCGACAACAAGGAGCUGGAGGCCCUUCUGGGUGGCUUCAGGUUUGUUUCGGCCACGUAUCGCCUGUUCAAGGUCCCUAAAGGCAACACCAAAUCCUGCCAGGUCAUCUACAACGGGGACAUCAGGGGGGUGGAGAACAGCUUCCCCUUCGACUGCCAGCUCACCUUCAAGGCCAAUGAAGUGGUGAAGGUGGACGGAGAGAUGGUCAGCAUCCUGACAGGCACCAGGUUUGCCAGCAGCUUCACUUGCCAGUCACCAGGGGGCAGCUGUGAGCCCAGCGGAGGCAAACCUGAGUCAUCCGUUGUGGAUCCCUUCGAGCUGGCUGAUCGAGAGGACCAGCAAGGCCCGGCCUCCACCACUGGGGGGUGCUGCAGCACAAAGUCAGGCUGCUGCUGAACAUGUUGAGAAAUCCAGACCCAGGAACUUACUACAAUCACAUGAUGGCCUCAGAUCAGCUGCAGUUUCACACUCUGUAAUUAACUUUUAAUGUGUUUUACAAUCCAAAAGAGAUUUUUUGAUUUGUAAAAUAUUGCUCACCUUUGCGUAAAUGGCUGUACUAAUCACGUGGCAGCUUGGCGAACACAUUUUCCGAGUACAUUUCAAAUUUUCAUACUAAUUAAACCUAUUUGAUUGGUUUUGGACUGUGGAGGAAACCAGAGCACCUGGUGAAAAACAUGAAAAGCUGUAUGAAGAAAGGCUCCCAUUGCCUGGAAUCGAACUAGGAAUGAUAUUGCUUUGAGACAAGAGCGCUAAUCACUGCAUCUCUGUGCAGGUGACGAAUUAAUAUAUCAAUAAUAAAGACACCAGACGUGUGCUGUUUCUGCAAUAUGACUGCUGUUGCCUUAAAAAUAAAUGCCAUUAAUCA